UGCAGGCCACCACCCUUCAAUAAGUACAGAACACACACACCUUCUUCGAGCAUCACCAUCAGCCAUCAGAUACGCAGCACUCCUGUUCAUACGACCAUGGCGUCGUCCAGCAAGCAGAACGCUGUGGUGGCCGCCGUCUCCAUCGCCCUGCUCCUCACUUCGCAUCUCGCAGUCGCAGCUGGAGCAGAAGAAGCAGAAGCGGAAGGAAUAGCGCCGUUGAACACAUGCGAAACGCCGAUCGCCUGGGCUCCCUGCUUCGGCAAGACCUGGGUCUGCGUUCCCCUCUGCAUUGGACUGCGCUACACCGGCGGUUUCUGCCAGCAGCAGCAGGUGAUCGAGGGAGACGCCGGCGCCGAGCCUGCUAUAAUCGGAGGCGCCAUCUGCGUGUGCACCAAGCAGUGCCUGCUUGUGGAUGUGGAGGCGGAGCAAGGUGCACCGGCACCGUCGCAGCCGCCCGUCGCCGAGCCUCCGCGGGGGAUGCGUGGGGUUGGGAUGCUCAACUGAUUUUUAGAUAAUGGAAAUAAUCAUCCAGCCUUGGCUUCAAAGAAGCUACAGCCCCUUAUUACAAUACUCAACACGCCAUAUUGACCAAGUUAAUGCAGAAAACAAAGUUUGGAUAAAAGCACCUAACUACAAAUCCUAUUGGUGAACCUCCAUCCAUACUUGCUGAAAAUCUCCAUGACGACAUUCUCCAUCUUCAGACACGCUGUCUUUAUCAACUCUUUAUCAUCUUCAGCCUUCUGCAUUUGACUCCAGAAGCGGAACCAAUAAGUUCCCCUGUAAAUUACCUGCAUAAAUGUUUUCAUUGGAGAUUUAUCAAAAACCACAUCAUUUCUACUAAGCCAUAUUGCCCAACAAAUCGCCGAUGCACCCACUAGUAGAAGUUGUUUCAAUCUACCCCCAAUCCCAUUAAGCCAGGAACUGAACAUAUGCAUUGUGUUAUGUGGUGGUUUCAACCCAAAACAUAUUUCGACUAAACCCCAUAUAAAACGUGCAUUUUUGCACUGAAAAAACAAAUGUUGAAUUGACUCAUUAGCUAGGCACCAAACACAGUGCGUGUUUCCAUUCCAAUUUCGUUUAGCAAGAUUAUCUUUAGUUAGAGUUACUCCCUUAUACAUAUACCACAUGAAAAUCUUAAUCUUUAAGGGCAUCUUAAGCUUCCAAAUCAUUGUGUUUCUUUCAACCACCCCAUUAUUAAUAACAGCAAGAUACAUAGAAUGAACUGUAAAGAUUCUAUUAGCUUUCAAAUUCCAUUUAAAUGUAUCCUUAUUAUCAUUGAGUUGAAUAUGCAUUAUACUCAUAACCAGCUCAU